AGGAAGUACAAAAAGUCUUGAGGGACUGCAUCUUUUCAAUUGCGAAUCACGGUUUUAAAGCUCAUUAUCUUCUAUCACCUCAUUCUUUUGCGAUUUGGAGGGGCUUAUUGUUGUGCUUCUUGGUGUAGGUAGCUUGGCCGGCACACGAUCAUCAACUCGAAGCAACCCGCUACAGCCUACACUUUCAUUGGCCGCCCCGAAAUAGUAAAGCUCUGAGGGUGGGGCUGACAUGGACGGACUCAACUCGACGACGGGCGCUGGGGGAGCAGAAGCGGCUGCUGGGGCAGCGUUUGACUUCCGACUUUACCGCUACACGCCAUCCCUUCCGGCCGCCAUAGUCAGUGCUGCAGUGUUUGCGGUUCUGACCAUCCUUCACUUCUGGCGGCUGUAUCGAGCCCGAGCCUUCUACUUUACUGCCUUUGCUCUUGGCGGUGUUUUUCAGACGAUAGGGUACUGCGGACGAAUAUGGUCAUACUUUGAUACCAUGGCCAUCGGCGGCUUCGUCAUGCAGGCCAUCCUAAUUCUUGUUGCCCCGGCUUUGUACGCUGCUUCGAUCUACAUGAUUCUCGGCCGCCUGAUUCGAACCCUCCGAGCCGACCACCUUUCUCUGUUGCCCGUGCCAUGGGUCACCAAGAUCUUCGUCACUGGAGACAUUGUCUCGUUCACAAUGCAGGCGGGAGGAGGUGGAAUCCAAGCAGCAGGGACUUUGGAGCUCUACGACAUUGGUGAGAAGAUCAUCAUAGUCGGUCUUCUAGUUCAGAUCGUUGUCUUUGGGUUCUUUAUCGUUACAACUAUCCUAUUUUAUCACCGAAUCAGUCGAAAGCCUACGACAGUUGCCAUCGAAGGGAUCAUACCCUGGCGAAGAUACCUCUGGGCUCUUUACAGCACCAGUCUUAUCAUCCUCGUACGAAGCAUCUUCCGAGUCAUCGAAUACCUCCAAGGUAACCGCGGGUACCUUAUCUCGCACGAAAUAUUCCUCUACAUUUUCGAUACGAUUCUCAUGAUUGCAGUCAUGGCAAUUUUCCUGGUUUGGUAUGUUGAAGACUUGGAACAAAAGGCAUCAAGAAAAGACAGAGACACUUUAGGGUCCAGCGAUAGUGCCUGCAUGUUGGAAGAGCUUUCUGGAAGGCAGACUACCCGGAAAUAGGCUGCAAAUAAUGGGAACGCCAGUCCUCCGUCGGUUGGGGAAAGUGUCGCUAGACUGCGUCAAGUACGAAAGAGAAGCGU